CUUCCGAACCAGGUGCGUUCGCGUCGCCACCCGCCCUCGCAUCCAAUCCCCGUCUCACAAUAAACAAAAAAGAGGAGGAAAAGGAAAAGAAAACAAGCAGCCUCUUUCUUCUCUUCCACUCUCGCGCAGGUCCACGAGCUUAUUUCUUCGCUCAGAAAUGGAGCUAACGGCGCAGCAGCUGAGGGGUUUUGAUGGCUCGGACGAGAGCAAGCCCAUCUACGUCGCCAUCCGCGGCGCCAUCUACGAUGUCUCCUCCGGCAAGGGCUUCUACGGUCCCGGCGGCCCCUACGCGGUCUUUGCCGGCCGCGAGGCCAGCCGUGCCCUCGCCAAGAUGAGCAAGAGCGAGGAAGACGUCUGCGGCGACCUCGACGGCCUCUCUGACAAGGAGCUCGGUGUCCUCGCCGACUGGGAGAACAAGUUCCAAGCCAAGUACCCGGUCGUCGGCCGCCUCGCCUCUUAGAUAACCAACCCAACCCUCCCCUUCCCUCUCUGUCGCUUGUCGUAAAAAAUCUGAACUUUAUGCCGUUUACAGGUUAGAUCUGUUGGGUCCUCUGUGAAUCCAACUAAAUAAGUGUUGAUUGUCUGAGGGUGUGGUUAGAUGCUAUGAUUGCUUCUUGAAUCCCUCAAGUUUAUCUACGCGUGCACUAAAAAUGGGAACUUUAUGCUUA